GCGCAGCCUGUCAGGUGACUCCUCCUCCUCCUGCUUGGACCAAUCAGAGACCGAUGGUGAUUUCAGCCAAUCACAGUGAAGGAAACCAAACCUGCGAGACCACGCGCGGGGCGGCACAUGACACAUGUGACCACGUUUGUUCACAGCGCGGGAAACGGCAGCAACGAGGAGAAACGGUCAGAGCAGACAGACCCUGAACCUGACCCUGAACCUGAGGAGAUAGAACUAGAACCUGAACCUGAAGAGAUAGAACUAGAACCUGAACCAGAAUCAGAACCUGAGCAGACAGACCCUGAACCUGAGGAGAUAGAACCUGAACCAGAACCUGAACCUGAGGAAACAGAAACAGAACCAGAACCUGAACCUGACAGAAAGGAUGAAGGUGUAUUUCUGCGGGAGCAUCCGCGGCGGCAGAGAGGACGUCGUCAUUUACCAGAAGAUUGUGAAGAAGCUUCAGAGCUACGGCAGCGUGUUGACGGAACACUUGAGCAGUGCAGAGCUCACACACAGAGAGGUCGCCUCAGACGCAGGCGACAGGUUCAUCCAUGACCGCGAUGUGGACUGGCUGCGACAGUGUGACGCGGUGGUGGCUGAGGUCACGCAGCCGUCCCUCGGCGUCGGUUAUGAGCUCGGCCGCGUCGUCGACAUGAAGAAGAAAACCCUGUGUCUGUUCAGGCCGGCGUCGGGACGCGUUCUGUCGGCCAUGAUCCGUGGAGCUCACGAUGGCGAACUCUUCGUGGUCAAAGACUACAGCGAGGACGACAUGGAGGAUUCUGCUACAUGCUCAGUUCGGCACUUAGCUACUUGGCUAAUCGCUUAGCUAGCUACGUAGCUAGCUACUUAACUAAUCACUUAGCUAAUUGAUUAACCAACAGCUAAGCUAACCGUUCAGUUAGCCACUCACUAGCUGUGUUCCAUUUACAACAGAAGUCUGAAACUGAGAGCAACGUCAACGCCACCUGUGGAAUGUUAAAACCACAGACAAACGUAUCGUGGGCUGGCAACUGUUAGCUGUUAACAAACAUAGCAACAUUUCCACAAAAAAAAUCGAUGUUUGCGACUUGUUUAUUGUGAAAUUAACGUUAAAGUUUUGUACGAGUGGCGACAUCUUGGAGUCCUAUUUUAGGAAUGCUGACUUUCUGAGUUUGUGUCUGUUUUUUUUUCCAAUUUCUCAAUGAACGUGGUGACCUCGGCGGUGACCUCCGACCUCUGAAUUCUGAUAACAUUAAAGUAACAGUACGUAAAACUAACCAUGAAUGUGUAUGUGGAAGGAAAUAUGAAUAGAACUGUCAUGA